GCACUGCAGUUCAAUAGAAAACCAUACCGUUGUCUUAAAAAAUGAUGGAGGAAGUACUUUUGAAAGUAGGGUGCGUAUCAUCUACUGGUACGUACCGUACUAUUUUGACGAGUGAUGAAAGAUGAAAGGGGUUCUCUCAACAUUCAAACGGGGGAAUGAUCGAUUUUGAGUAAUCUCCCCUAUUUUUCUAAAUUCAUUCUCCAGAAUGAACUUAACGGCUAUCUUCUGGAACAUGUUACGUACUCGUACUCUAUGUACGGUAGAACGGCACGUACAGUUCGGUACGCACUCGUUGUAAGUUUAGUAGGAUUUCAUACGACCAGUACAGCACGCAGAGUUCGAUUGCUGCGUUCCGUAUCGUAACGAAUCGAAAACGCACGAGCACGAACAUCCAGGCGUUGGUUUUGUUUGUUACGAGGUCGUACGUACCGUACCGUACGUAUCCCCCCAAAUGAGAAGUGUGACAGACCACGAGCACGAGUUCCUCUCGUAUCAGUGCCGUACGACCUUAUCGGACCCCUGAUCGUACGUACUCCCCGACUGUUUCCUUCUCUUAGGUGAGUUAGCUAAUUACGAGYACGAGUACGAGUACGCCAUCCCCUACGCUACGCAACCCCAGUCACAUGAAUUUUUACUCUCCACUCCCAUAAAAUACAAAUCGAUAGCGGUUAGGUCUCGACUCUCCUAGUCCAUGGUUUGCGUUCUGAACUACGUCGUUCCUAUUAUUUCACUAGCUACUGCCUUUCAAGAUACCUCGAACAGAAUGCUUGGCUUAAGGAAUUCCCUUCCAUCCGSGUGUCGACUGUCCGUCCCUGACUCGGAMGGCGAAGACAGCAAUAGUGUUGCAGACCCCUACGCCGAACUUACUAUAGUCGAUAACAAUGACAUUCCUUGCGAUGAAAGUGGCUCCAAGACUGGGAGCGCGAGCAGCAAUAACCGCGUGRCCAAUGCACCAUUGGUGACACACAUUAUUGUUUUGAUUCAUGGCUGGAUGGGCAACCCAGCAGAAAUGGGUUACAUCAAGGAGUCGAUACAAAAUGCGGCAAACAAAAACGUCGCUUGCACUGAAGACAAUGUUCGCCAUAGAUUCAUCAUACAUUCCGCUGCUUGCAACGAAGAUCGGACGGACGAUGGUAUUGCAGUAGGAGGAACACGCAUUGCCGCGGAAAUYAACGAUCUCGUACGACACAUUGUUCUUGACGGCGAUUGCAGUAGUUCUGCUAGCCUAACUAGCAGUCCGGAAACCGCCAAAUUUACGCUCAGUAUCGUUGGCAAUUCACUAGGAGGUCUCUAUGCCCGCCAUGCAUUGGCCGGGAUCAACUGGACCAUCACUGAUGAGUCCUCGCUAUCUCCACCCACGACUCUGCUCCCUUUGAUCUUUGUGACAACUGCCACUCCCCAUUUGGGAAUAAGCCAACAYACAUACAUCCCGUUGCCACGCGCUGCAGAAUUUGUUGUGGCUCAAGGCAUGAAAGAAACUGGAAGAGAUUUCUUCCGGUUUACGCCGGUCUUGGAAGACCUGUUUCAUAAAGAAUACUUUGUCGAUCCGCUAUCAAAAUUCCUUCAGAGGAUUGCAUAUAUCAACGUUUACGGCACAGAUUUCCAAGUGCCAACUGCCACGGCAGCUUUCUGGGCGCCUGGUAGUGAUUCCCCUCACCAUCGAGUACCUGCCCAUCYCAUGGCCUCCGAGAAUGAUAACACUAUGAAAGAWAACGAUGCGGACAUUGAUUCGGAAGAACCCGUUUGUGUGCCCAAGGCAAUUGUCAUGACGCUUUCGACACCACGACGGCUAGACCUUUUGAACGAAGAAGAGGACGGCAAAUCAGAGGCAGAUGUUGACGAAGAGAAAAAGGAGGGAAAGCCACAGGACAACAAUGAUCCAUCCGAGCUGUACAGAUCUUGGUCAAAACGAUUAGAUCGACUCGGGUGGACGAAGGUCUUGGUGGAUGUUAGGGAAGAUGUCCCAACGGUGAAUGUUCCUGUUGGAACGUCUGAAGAGUUUAAAUCGAACGAAAACAGCAAGGAAGAAGACAAGGGAACCGACACUAGCGAUGGYGGCGAGAAAGAAAAAGGAAUGGACRCGGCUGAAGCUGUCGAGGAUGCUGAAAGUGAAAAAGACGAAAMAGAUCCGAAUUUGAACAAGGAUACUUGGACGGCGGCAGAGCUCUUAGCCGAAUUCCAGGGAGGUCUGCUAACCGCCGGUGCAACUAGUGCAAAGCGCAGAUCGAGUUUUUGGGAUUUGAAACCGAGAAUACCGGUACGGGAUUUAUGCGUCGGCAUUUUCGUUGGAAAGUUUGCUUCCUGUAAUUUUAUCUCUCUAACCCAGCUUUUCUCCUUUCCACUUCUGCGUUUCUAGCUUGGACACACGGUGAUGAUCGCCAAUGCCAAAGACGAAUUCAAUAAAAAGGUAACCAGUGGCGGUAAGCCCGUGAUGGACUACCUUGGGCUAUCAAUGGUUAGAACGCUAACCUCUAAUCCCUACAGCACCGAUGUAGAGAAGGCUGCUUAAUAAUUCGUUCAUUCGGGAAGAAUCAUUCGGAUCCAAAAAAGGACCGAAUCAAAUAGAUCAAACCGAUUCAA